AACACCUUUUCCAAACAACUUUAAUGGACAGAAAGAUACCAAUCUCCUGGUAGCUAUUGUAUCUCAACGCAAUUAUCUUAUUUGUUGCUCUUAAGGCAUUCAUUAUGAGCGAUUGUGUGUUCUUUUCAGAAAAAUCCUCUAAGCACCAGGGAAGAUCUGGCAAAGCAAAGAAAAAACAGAAGUCUCCGACCGGAAGAACAUCAAAAAGAGGCAGAUACAGUAAUCCAACAGACGAUGAGGAGGAGCUUAGUGAAGCCAAUCCGGAGGAAUCGGAAGAGUCUGGUGAAGAGUGGGUCAGAAGUGCAAAGAAAGUGAAAGGUGACAGACGGGGGGCACGCAAGCAAAAGGACCCCGAAACUGAACCAAGCGAUGACGAAGAAGAGCCACCAAGUAAAAGGACAAAAAGAGGCAGCAAAACCAAACCAAAAAGUACCCGUGGACGAAAUUCUCACAACCAGGAGGAAGAUAGUGACCCAAGCCCAAAGUCAAAGAGUCGCAAAAAAACUCGCAACGUGGGUGAAGAUACCGAAAAAGAAAAAAAGAGGAAAACAAAACGAAACAAAAGAGCUGCUGUUAAGAGUUACGACAAAGAUGGCAGCGAUUCUGACGAACGUGUAUCGAAAAAGCGACGGGUAACGAGGAAGCGAAACGUGAGUGAGAGUGAAGAGGUUGUUGAUGCUGAUGCUGCUGCGAAGUCGGAGCGGAGGCGCACUAGACUCACUGAUGAUCUGAAUUUCGGAAGGAGAGCAAGAAAUCGCAACAGAGGAAACAAUUCAGAGAUUGUUGCCUGUGAGAACAUUUUACGUGGCAUGUGGCAGAGUGAAUUUUCUUAUUUCUUCAGAGAACCUGUUGAUCCAAAAAAGGUGCCGGAUUAUGAGAAGUAUGUGCCAAAUCCAAUUGAUCUGAGCCAGAUUAGAGACAAACUGGACAUGCUCGAAUACGAAGAUGCCUUCCAGUUCGCUGCUGAUGUCAAACUAUUGUUCGAGAAUUGUGCGAAAUACAACGAGGAAAAAUCUGAAGUGGCAGAAGAGGGUAGAAAAUUAGAACGGAUCUUUUUUGAGCUGCUGGAAGAAAAUUUGCCAGGACUUCAUCAUACUCUUUGUGUUGAUACCUAAGUGUUUGUCUUGCACAUACGUCUUAACUUGUUUUUUUUACGAAGGAAGUAUUAUUUGUAAAUAGAAAACAGAUCAAAGCAUAAUCGGCUAGCUUGUCGUAUUUCGUAGCUUUGUAGAUGUUAGGGAAAUCGAGAAUAGGCCGAUACUAGUUGAGUUUCGACCUUUGUACACAUUGCAUUUAAACGGGUACAGGGCUAAGAACCACGUUUAAAACAAAAUGUAGUAAGAUUCCAAACCUUGUUUGUUCGUUUACUGCAAGAUGCUCUAAUGCUUUUGACUGUACUCCCUUUUUGUAACUGUAAUCAUAUUGCAACACGAGUACACCCCUCUUAUUCCAGGAGGGUUAUGCUAUCGACCUUUAAAAGUCCAGUUAAGUUUUUCAGAUUAUACCCCUCCCAACUCCAUGAGCACCCUAAGAAAAUCCGAACAAUACUACAAUCUUAUCUAAAAACCCUCCUGGACUCAGUUUGCUGUAGCUAUGUUUACGUUCGUACUCAAAGAUAGCAAGCAACUUUGAAGUGAAAUAAAUUUUAGCAAUUAUUCUCGUUUAGUAUCUAAUCACUCCAUUAAUUAAGAGUUGUUGAUUUCUCUGUGUUUUCUAAAGUUAUAGAUCCUUGCCGGUUCUUUAUGGAUACUAAGGAGGUUUAGAUCCACUGCGAGAACGAAAUCGAGUUCAAGUCCUUCCCGGGAGUUCUUGCACUCGCACUAAAAGUCGUUCAGUGCUGUUUGAUCGUUUAGAUUUGAGCCGAGGCACGAAAACGAAAUAAAAUGGCAAACGAUCUUACUGAAGCGGCUAUGUUUCUCUUUGUUGAGGAUCUUAUCGACGAAGUUCUGUCGGAAUCAAGGUUUCCCAUUUACGUUUACUUCUAUGCCUAUUUUCAGCUCCCUCGUUUACGUUUGCUAGCAAACUCAUCUUACGAUUCUCUUUUUUAAGAGAGAUAAAGCAAGUCCGCAUAUGAGUUAAA